AAAAUAUUCUUUCCAUGUUUGGAGUAAGGGGUCUUACCAAUUUGAUAUUAAGUUAGAGAAAACAGAAUGACUAAAAUUGGAAAUAAUUAACUUUGGACAUUCAAUGAUUUUUUGAAACGAAAGGAUAUUGACAUCAAUAGAAUAGAGUGCCUGACUUGAAGGAGUUUGCCAUGUAUCCAAGUUAACAGAGAAGGAUCAUGUAAGAGGAUGAUGAUGAUGGUGAUGAUGAUGAUGAUGAUAACUACAACCAGAGUUAUUCCUAACUGUCAGUUCAGGUCAAAAACGGCACGUCUUAAAACUUUUACUGCUAACCAGAUAGAUGAAAUAAAGGACCCUUCUGGACUCUUUUACAUUCUUCCUUUUCAGAAGGGCUACUUGGUGAAUUGGGAUGUUCAAAGACAAGUAUGGGAUUACCUUUUUGGAAAAGAAAUGUAUCAGGUGGAUUUUUUAGAUACUAAUAUUAUUAUCACAGAACCAUACUUUAACUUCACUUCAAUUCAAGAAUCAAUGAAUGAAAUCCUAUUUGAAGAAUACCAGUUUCAAGCAGUAUUAAGAGUAAAUGCUGGGGCUCUCAGCGCACAUAGAUAUUUCCGAGAUAAUCCAUCCGAAUUAUGCUGUAUCAUUGUAGAUAGUGGAUAUUCCUUUACACAUAUAGUUCCUUAUUGUAGAAGUAAAAAGAAAAAGGAAGCAAUUAUUCGGAUAAAUGUGGGAGGAAAACUUCUAACCAAUCAUCUAAAGGAGAUCAUAUCUUACAGACAGCUGCAUGUUAUGGAUGAAACACAUGUGAUUAAUCAAGUAAAAGAAGAUGUAUGCUAUGUGUCUCAGGAUUUUUAUAAAGACAUGGAUAUCGCAAAGUUGAAAGGAGAAGAAAAUACAGUAAUGAUAGACUAUGUUUUGCCUGACUUCAGUACAAUUAAAAAGGGCUUUUGUAAGCCAAGGGAAGAGAUGGUAUUAAGUGGAAAAUAUAAAUCUGGGGAACAGAUUCUUCGUCUGGCCAAUGAGAGAUUUGCUGUUCCAGAAAUACUCUUUAAUCCUUCUGAUAUUGGCAUUCAAGAAAUGGGAAUUCCAGAAGCUAUUGUCUAUUCAAUUCAGAACUUACCUGAAGAAAUGCAGCCGCAUUUUUUUAAGAACAUUGUUUUGACAGGAGGAAAUUCCCUUUUCCCAGGAUUUAGAGAUCGAGUUUACUCGGAAGUGCGAUGUCUCACUCCAACAGAUUAUGAUGUUUCUGUUGUGCUGCCUGAAAACCCUAUUACUUAUGCCUGGGAAGGUGGAAAAUUGAUAUCAGAGAAUGAUGAUUUUGAAGAUAUGGUGGUAACAAGAGAAGAUUAUGAAGAAAAUGGACAUAGCGUCUGUGAAGAGAAAUUUGAUAUUUAAGAAACAUUUCUGAAUGAAAGUUUUGACUGGUUGUGACUGAAAGGUUUAAUUUCAGUGUUCUUUUUAAAAAGAGUUAAGGACCUAUAUUACCUUUCAUCCCAAGAUAAAAUCUUAAACUUAUCUAAAUACUUUGAUCCAUGGCUAAUUUUCAAAGGUUUCUAGCUAGCUUAUUAAGUAAACUGUAACUCAGCCCAUAUUUUCGUUUAGGAGCUAGACUACUAUAACAAUGCUUGUGCUGUUUCUGAGUAGGUCAUCUUUCAUUAGAAGGUGAAAGAGUGAAUGUAUGUUAAGUGUAAUUGUUCAUAGUUGAAAGCACAAACUUAACUGUUUCACUGGUCAAUUUUCCUUAGAAGCUAGUUUUGUGUGACUAUGACUAGGACUUGGCCAAAGUGUUUUCAAGCUGAUAUGAUUUCUCUCUCUUUUAGAACUAAGUAUUUUAUUUUAAAAUUGUCAUUAUUAUUUAUAUAUACUAAGGUUGGGAAGUCUAAUCUUAUGUGUUCUUUAAUGUUUAAUUUUUACUUAGAGUAAGUUUGAAAGAGUGGAGACUAAAGCCAAUUUACUAAAGUGUUUUUGGUCACUAUUGUUUGGCAGAAAUAUCUUAUUUCACUCAUAAAAAUACUGUACCAUUUUUUAGGAUGAAAAGAGAUUUGAAGUUGAGGUUGGUCAAAAACUCUUAAAACAAAUGUUAGUAUUUAGUUUAAAAAUGCUUUUAUUAUCCACGGUAAGCUUAUUAAGGUUAAAGACUACAGCUGUCCAGUUUAAGGAAACAGCUGACACUGACAUUAAUGAAUGGAUCAGAUGAGUUUCUUUGAUUGCAAACAAUAGAAACUCAUUUGGCUAUCCUAAGCCAACCAAAAUUUAUCAGGACAGAGGACAGCUCAUAAAAUCUAAGAAAAAGCUGGACCAGUAGCCUUAGGAAGGAUAAAACCCAGGAUAACCUUAGGAACGUAAGUUAUAGAUACCGAGGGAUGAUCCUUAUAGAGCCCUGCCAUCAAAAUAUCUCAGUUUCCAUAUUCUCUAUCUUAUGUCAUUGUACUCAUGAAUCAAAUUCCUACCAGUCUCUUUACCUUAGUUAGGAUCAUACACCUACCCCCUGGCUUCAGGGACUGACAGUCCUACUAGGGUAGCCUAGAGUGAAAGAAGGUAGUUUUCCAAAGGAAAAUUAAGCUGAAGAGACAGCUGGUGGGCAGGGUGAAAGAGCUGUCCACUACAGUUCCAUUUGGAUUAUAUUGGGUUAGGGCCUGGUCAGUCCUUCCUAGACCUAAGCUGGUUGUCAUUACAGAGAUGCAAAUUGUGUGUGUGAUAUCCAGUUACUAGCAAAUAAUCCAUGGGCAGUGUAGCAAAAAGACGCUGGUGGUAUAAAAUAGGUUUUUGCAGCCAUACAGUGUGACAGUGCUAGAAUUUCAAGGUGAUGUGGUUGGAGGUAUAAAGCUAAGUCCUCAUUUAGAGGGCUUUCCAUGACUUGUCAUAAGUUCAUCUUGGACAGGCAGAAUACUAUCACCACCAACCAGGGGGCUUUUCCUGUGAGGAGCUGGGGCAUUUGUCAAAGCUGUAUUCCCAAAACCUGCCCUAGCCUGAAGUCUCCUGUUAUGGAGACUUCCAAUUUCGAAACUUAAUUUUGAAACUUUAACACCUAAUUUUUAAACUUUAUUGCUAGAGAUGUUUUAAUAUUAUACAGUAAAUUGACUUAAAAGAGAACAUUUAACAUUAGCUCUAAAUAAUAACAUUGUCUGAGGUGAUGCAUUAAAGAUAUCUAUUAUUUUAGAAAAACAUUGAUGAUCCUAAUUUGAGAUUCACUAGAAGUAGAAAGAGAACUUAGCCACAUUAGAGUUUAUAAUUUUUAUUGCAAAUUGCAUGUGUGGAAGCAACAUGUUCCAGUGUUGGUCAUGCAUAAUAUAUACCUUAAGACAAAAGAGGAAUAAGAUUUACAUCAAUGAGUAAUCAAGAUAGAACAGUCCUCUCAAGGACUGUUCUCUCUUGGUUUUUGUUUUGUUUUUUGAGGAAGAUUAGUCCUUAGCUAACAUCUGCGGCCAAUCCUCCUUUUUGCUGGGGAA